AUGGCUCAACAUCGUGCGGAGCAAUCGUGCAAGGAAUGCAAUGGACACUACGGAAAGGGUCAUUCGUGUGCCAACGGUGGUUCUUCUGGUCCUACGAAGACUGUUCGCAUGAUGACGAAGCGUCCAACAGUACAAUCCAUGGUGAACAAGGCUUUGGCGUCUGAGGCUGGUGCUGCCGUACUUCGGGAAAAGAGCAGGGAGAUCAAUGCCUGUUCCGCUGCGUCUUCGGUUGCUGCUUCUGUCGUUGCUGCUUCUGUUCCCGUGCGGGAUGAAGUUAGUCCUGGUUUGUCUCCUGUUCAGGAGACUGAGAACACUGAGGUUGACUCUGAUGUGGAAAUGUCGGAAUCAGAUGGUCAUACUAUCACCGAUGCUGAGGACCUGUGUGGUCGAGCUCAGGCUUCGAUUGUUGAUGGUAUGGACAGUGUUUCUGUGUCUGAUGUUGACUUGGUGCAGAAUUUGUCUGCUCAAGAAUGUAAGUUUGAUGCUGUAUUUAGUGCACCUCCUACAUUGCGUUCCAAUGCCAUUUGUGUUCCAAUUGUGGUACAAAAUGUCAUUUGUUUCGGCAUCGUAGACACUGGUGCGACUUUUAGUUGCAUUACUGACGAGUUUUUCGAUCAUCUAGGAGGUCGUACUCAUUCUGGUUUUGAAGCUGCUGCUGCUGACAGUAUUGUACAGUUGGCACAUGAAGCGACUACCGUUCCUCGUGUUGGUUCUGUGGUCUUGAAUGUUACUUAUAAUAAAGUUGUUAGUUCACAUUCAUUUGAAGUUUUUACAUUUUAUUCGGAAGAAAAUGUACAUGUGUUAUUGGGAAUGGAUGUUCUCUCUAAGAUUGGUAUUGGUAUUAGUGGUUUAGUGAGUCAGCAUGAUUUUCAGACUGGGCCCAGAAAGCCAGAUCCUGUUGACGACUCGAUUGAACCUAAUCACCAUCCAUUUGGUAGUGAUAAGGAACGUGCUCCUUACGUUAGGCUAUUGAAUGAACUGUUAUUGGAGAAUUCGCAAAUUGACAUGAGAAAUACUCUGUGUAAUUUGCCUGAUUCUGUUAUCAAGCUGGAUACUAAGCCUGGCUGUGUUGCCUAUCGUGCUCAAUAUCCACUUGCGGAGGCCUAUAGGGAUGCUGUUAAUAAACAGAUCCAAGUGUGGCUUGAUGAAGGCGUUAUCGAACGAUCGGCGAGUCAUACCCGCUUCAAUCAUCCGUUGUUGGUGGUGAAGAAGAAAGAUUCGAAUGGCAAUUAUGACAUGUCUAAGCCUCGUGUGGUGUUAGACGUCCGUAAGUUGAAUUCGAUUUUGGAGGUUGAUGACAAACAACAGUUGCCGUUGAUUUCAUCUAUUCAUCAGAAUAUUGGGAAUAAAACGAUUCAUACUUGUCUGGAUAUCCAUGCUUGUUUUACCAGUUUUGGAUUGGAUCCCUCGCAAGCUCAUAAGGUUUCGUUUACUUCGCCGUUUAGCAAUACUCAGUACACCUUUCGGAAGGCUGCGUACGGUAUUCGUCAUGUUGGUUCAGUAGUUGUUCGUACAUUGCAGAAUCUGUUGUCAGAUCUGAAUACGUCCAAUGCUGCUACUCCCAAUUCUACCAAGGAUGACCAGUCAGUGUUCUGCUACGUUGAUGAUAUAAUCUGUAGUACCUCGGGUAGCUUGGAAAAUCACUUUAAACUUGUUGCUGAAGUGAUUCGUCGUUUGACAAAGGCUAAUCUGGUUUUGAAUCCAGAGAAGGUGGUCUUUGCUCAGAGAAGCAUUUACCUUUUAGGAUGGAGUGUAAUUGAUGGCAAGUUAGUCCCUGAUGGAAGAAAACUUACCAAUAUCAUGCAGUGGCCUCCUAUUAAGACUGGUAGACAGCUUGCUUCGUUUCUGGGUCUGAUGUCCUAUUUCCGAUCUUCUAUUCCGAUGUAUUCUCGCUUAACGGGUGAUCUCGACUCGUUGAAGCAGUGUAAAGAUUUGUCGAAGGUCUGGACGGCAAGACAUGACAGAACUAUUGCAAAUUUGAAGGAUGCACUUACCAAUGCGUUGGUUAUGUCCACCCCUGAUUUCUCAUGUCGAUUUCAUUUAGCUACUGAUGCUAGUCUCACUGCAAUUGGUGGUUUGUUGUACCAAGUGAUUCAGAAUGAAAUUCGGUAUAUUGGUUUGGUAUCGCGUAAACUCUCUCCUUCUGAACGCAAUUACGGUACUACGAAACGUGAGCUUUUGGGAAUUUGUUAUUCAUUAGAAAAGUUUCAUCGGUUUCUGUAUAUGAGACGGUUUACCCUGCACACGGAUCACAAGAGUUUGAUCUAUUUGAAUACGCAAGAGAUUCCUAAUGCGUUGAUGCUUGGGUGGUGGGAGAACAUCUUUUCUUACACUUUUGACAUUGUUCACUUACCUGGUGUUUUGAAUGUCAUUCCUGAUGCUUUAUCUCGGCUGUAUGAAGAUGACGAUGCUUCCGCACGCCAUCUUCUGGGGGGCAGGUACUAUGCUGAUGGAGGUGAAAGGUUGAAGCAGAAGAGAAAGAUGGGUUCUAAGUUGAAAUCUACCACACCAACUGUUCAAAUGAAACGUAUUCCUGUUCGAAUUACUCGUGCUUUACGAAAGGAUACUAGUAUUGGUGAUGAUGGCCUGGUUGAUGUGAAGCAUUCUUCGAUGAAAGCUAGCACCUCAUCAGCUGCCUCGUCAAAGCAACAACAAGAGUUAAUUUUACGUACUAUGAAGUUUUGCGAUUAUGUUACCCCACCUGCUACUGAACGAGAUAAUAUGAUUAUUUCUCAACAUUUGGUCGGUCAUUUCGGAAUCAACCAUGUUGAAACUGCUAUUCAUCAUGAAGGAUUCCAUUGGACUAACAUUCGUAAGGAUAUUGAACGUAUCUUGGGGGAUUGUAUUGAAUGUAACAAGUUCAACAUUGCUCGAGAAGGUUAUCAUCCUUUCCGAAGUGCCAAAGCUGAUCAACCUUUGGAUCAUUGGUGUAUGGAUCUUGGUGAUAUGGGUGUCACAAGUUCAUUCGGUAGCAACUUCAUAUUCGUAAUGACGGAUAUUUAUAGUCGAUUUACGGUCAUUCGCUGCAUUCCAGAUAAGCAUGCUACUACUAUCGCUCGUGAAUUACUUCAGGUUUUCUCUCUUUUCGGUUGGCCAAAGAUCUUGACAUCUGAUAGAGGAAAGGAAUUCAUCAAUGAGGUUGUAGAAGCUAUGGUCGAGAUCAGUGGUAUUGACAGACGUCUCUCGUUAGCAUGGAACCCGUUGGGUAACAGUGUUGCGGAGAGUUGGAUUAAACUUGCAAAGUCGACAACAGUUAAGUUGCUUAAAGGAAAACGUGAUCAGUGGGAACACUAUAUUCCUUGGGUUAAUUAUUGUCUGAAUGUCAAGUAUGCUAGAUUGCACAAGUCUCGUCCUUAUACGAUUUUGUUUAAUCGCCAACCUAAUGGUUUGACGGAUUAUUCAAAGGUAGACUUGACUCGUAGUUACGAUGUAGUGGAUCAGAAGAAGAUUGAUGAGAAGUAUAGCUUCGUUCAAAAUGUUCUUAUUCCAGCUAUCUCGAAACGUAUUUUAGAGACUCAGAAGAAGGAUCAUGCCAAUUUUGCUAAGAAGCACAAGAUCAUCGAGAAGCCUUAUCCCGUUGGGAGUAAGGUGAUGGUAGUGAAUGAGAAUAAGAGCAACAAGUUGGAUGUUCGAUAUGAGGGUCCCUAUUUGAUCAACGGAAUUACUAGCAAAGGCUCGUACGUUCUGAUGGAUCGUACAGGUAAUCUCCUGAGUUAUGAUGUACCUACGCAUAAAUUAGUGUAUAAUGCUGCGGCUAAUGCUACGCUAACUUCUAAAGAGGACUUCAUUCGCGAACAUCAAGAGGUUCAAGCGGUUAUCAACCAUAGAGGCUCACCGGGCAAGUGUAAAUACUUGGUGCAGUGGAAAGGAUUUGAUGAACCUACUUGGGAACCUAUUGAACAUUUCAACUCUACUGAAUGUAUUGAAUUAUAUUGGGGUAGAAGGAAUGGUGCAAAGGCUGUUGGCAAGCGCAAGAUUGCUCCUGCAACAGUAAAUCAGAAUAAGGCUGCUACUCGUCCUCAGAAGAAACGUGGUAGACCAGCUAAGAAUCGGUCUUAA